AUGCCUCCCUCUUCAGCUCCAGCUUUAGCGCCACAACCACCGAAGUGGAAUCCCUUGCUAAUUCUCUCAGUUGCUAUUGUUUCUAUCAUCUUCAUGUUACUUAGUUCCUACUCGGUUUUGAGACGACUCUGCCGUGAAUUUAAUGCUGCAAUAUUCCCCAGAAACCAGCUUCAAAGCCGGAUUCUAAGUGAUCAGAGCAACUUUGAUCAUCCUUCUUCACAAACUCAGAGCAAUGCACUGGAAUCUACUGUUCUCAACUCCCUUCCAAUAUCCCAAUUAAAGAAGGGAAAUAAAGAACUGCCAUGGCCGAGCAACACCGAUUGUGCAGUUUGUUUGGCUGAGUUUGAAGAAGGAGAAUGGCUAAAACAUUUACCAAGUUGCACACAUGCCUUCCACGUUUCUUGCAUUGACACAUGGUUUCGAUCACACUCAAGCUGCCCACUUUGCAGAUCAAGUGUUUUCAAUCUAACAGAAAGACCUGAAUGUUCUGUUUAG